AUGCUGCGACGCGACUUUCUUCCUUUACUGACAUUGUUGGCUGGGAUAACUGGUGGCAACAGCGCGGCUCAACCCAUCAGGGUCCUUUAUCCGGACACGGAUGGUCUAGCAUUCUAUGCCAAGGAUGUCAUCAAUGUACCCUACGAAACCAACUUCACUGAGCCGUACCUCUACACGUGGUGUGUGCAGGGCAAUGCUUCCCAAGCACAAGAGCCUACAAGACCCCCUGGAGGCAAUGGGACAGCCCAAGUGGUGCUCGACUUUACAGACACCAAAGUCAACCUUCGGAAUCUCUUCUACGACCACACCCGCGACGACCCUUCCAACAUCAUUGUCAACCUCAGCCACUACAUCGACUACAAGCUCCCCUCAAACUUCCUCAUCUGCACCGUCAGGUCUUUCUACCGCCGCAGUGGCAGGCAUCGGCGCGGCAGCAGGUAUUGCUGGUAUCGUACUUGCGACGAUUCUUGGAGUAUUGGUGAUGCGAUGGCGGAAGAAGAAACAAGGUCGGACUGGAUAUCUGUCAGACAAGACGGGACGCGACGACGAGCAGAUCCCUCGGACUGUAGCGGUGUCGGGCGCUCACGAGAUGCCAGCGCCCAAUGA